AUGAGUACAGCUAUAUGUGUAUCUUUAUUUGUGGUAUCGGAUAUCAGUAAAGUGGCAUCAGGUAUCAAUGAAGGGAAGCUAGUUUCAGAACACAAAGGGUCUCAUUUUACAGAACAGGUGAAGACGAACAAAGGAAAUAAUGAAAAUGAAACAUUAUGGUUAUCAGAUGAAGAAAAUACCAUAGGAGUGGAGAUUUCUUCAAGCUGGGUAGAAAGAAGCAAGGGAAUAUGGACUCAGGUGGAAAGGAAAUUAAAAAAAAAAGCAAGUGCUCAAGAAUUUGUCUUGCAGGGAUUCUCAAUUUUUCUCAGAGAACUGCAAGUCCUACUUGCCAUCACCUUCUUCACUGCCUGCAUAUUGACACUAGCAGAGAAUACGGUCAUCAUUAUAAUGAUUUGUAUUAGCUACUGCCUCUAUACCCCUAUGUAUUCCUUCUUGAGCAAUCUCUCCUUUCUGGAGAUGUGAUAUAUUACAGUUCUUGUGCCUAAAAUGCUUAGCAGCUUAUUGAAAGAAUGCAAGAUCAGCUCUUUUGAAGGGUGUAUGGCCCAGAUCUACUUUUCCAUUGUAUUGGCCUACACUGAGUGUCUGCUUCUGGCUAUCAUGGCUUAUGAGUGCUUUGUGGCUAUUUGUGGCCCCUUGCUCUAUCCAACCAUCAUGACCCAUGAGCUCUGCUUUCUCUUAGUUGCUGGCUCUUGGUUGGGAGGUUGUACCAGUUCCAUGCUCAAGGUAGUCUUCAUCUCACGUUUAAAUUUCUGUGACUCAGUCACCAACAAUUUCUUCUAUGAUAUAUCACCCCUGCUCAACCUUGCCCGCAAGGAUAUGUCAAAGGCAGAGACAGUGGAUUUCAUUCUGGCAUUGAUUAUAAUUCUCAUACCAUUGCUUGUUGUGGUGGCCUCUUACUUCUGCAUAACAGCUACUAUAAUGUGGAUCCCCACAGCUCAGGGGAGGUGGAAAGCUAUCUCAACCUGUGUUUCUCACCUGGUAGUUGUUGUCAUCUUCUACUCUACUACUCUAUUUACCUAUGCCCGGCCUAAGGCCAUGGGUGCCUUUGACUCCAACAAGAUGGUGUCAGUUCUACGUACAGUUGUAGUACCUUUCUGCAACCCUGUCAUUCACUGCCUAAGGAGCCAAGAUGUCAAAGAAGUACUAAGAAAAAUAAUAAAUGUCAGAAAUGUACUUAACAAUAGGAGUUUUGUGUCCUUAAGAGAAAGGAUAACAUAA